GGUUCUGAAGCAUCGCCAUGUGAAGGAGAGGGAAGAGAAUACAGAGUCUGCAACAGCAGGGAUUGCGGCCCAGGCGCCGUGGACUACCGCGCGAUGCAGUGUUCCCUGCACAACAACAGACGCUUCCUGGGGCGGCUCAUCUACAGAUGGGAGCCGCAUUACGUUCCAGGCGGAAACCCAUGCGAACUGAACUGCAUGGCGACCAGGUACAACUUCUACUUCGGCUUCGGGAAGGUGCUGGACGGGACGAGGUGCUACGCCGAUCCGCAGAAGAAGAACAUGUGCAUUGCAGGGAAAUGCCUGAAAGUGGGAUGUGACGGUAUCCUGGGCUCGGAGCGGGAGGAGGACGCCUGCCGGGUGUGUGGCGGGAACAACGCCACGUGUGUCAACGUCAGGAAGGCCUACAUGACGUCAUUCCCAUCCAGCGGAUCUUUUGGUUACAACGAGGUGGCCAUGAUCCCAGCCGGAGCCAUGCACCUCAAAGUGGAAGACACGAGUAGAAACUAUCUAGCUCUGAUGCGGCAGGACGAAACGUCAUACGUCAUCAACGGCAACUGGAUCAUUGAUUGGCCAGGAGUCUAUGACGUCAGGGGCAUGCCGAUACGAUACGAGCGACAGGCCGAAAACGAGGUCAUCAACUCGGUUGGUCCAAUCCCGGAGGACCUGCAUCUCAUGGUUCUAUUCCGCGAGACCAACCCAGGGAUCCACUACGAGUUUUGGCUACCCCUGGACAAAUACAACUCCAUGAUCCGCCAGCACGGGCAGACGUACAUCGGCGGGGGCGGACAUGUGGAGGUGGCGUACCCUCGCCAACAUUUCCCUCCCCUUCCCCCCACCACUACCCCUGCCCCCACAACCACCACAACAACCACUACGUCAGCACCAAGGACGGCUAGACCGUUCCGGCCAGGCAGGGGGAACACCGGGUACUGGGUGUGGGUGCCAGCUCCUAACACCGGCGGGUCGAACCGCAACAGAGACGGCUACUGGGUGCGGAGAACCACGGGAAGCAGCUCAGUGUCGAACUCGAAUAAUGGAAACAGGUUCGGGUCGAACUCGAACAAUGGAAACAGGUUCGGAUCGAAUUCGAACAGUGGAAACCGGUUCGGAUCGAGCUUGAACAAUGGAAACAGGUUCGGAUCGAACUCGAAUAAUGGAAACAGGUUCGGAUUCAGAGGAAAUCGCCACAGUUCUGGGGGGACAAACAGUUUCCAAGUUCCCGGCAGAGGAGUGCAUACCGGGAUAAUUUCUGGAGGAUCGCGUGGAUCUGUUGAGACGAACCGAUAUUUCCCAGGAAGACCCUCCUAUCCGCGGACCCCCAGCGUGACGAGAGUGGACAGUGGCUCUAAAAGUAAUUCUCAAACUUCUUCAAGAACCACGGGGACCAGGCAUCACCACCAAAGAGUCAAUGUGACUCCAUCGAGAGAAAUUUCUAGGGAGCACCCCUCACAGCAGCAUGGACAUAGCAAUGUACAUAGUAGACCAUCGACGUCCUCUCAUGGUGGCUCGGUCAAUCAAAACGCCGGGAGACCAAACGUGCCGGCUCCUGAUAGGUCGGCAGUCAUCGGCUACACGAAGGCGCGAACAAUUCCGAACAUCAACCGACAGUCCUCUCGGGAGGAGUCGUCGUCGGCAGAAAACCAGCCCCUGUCCGGUCGCCACGUUCCCGCCAGAAGGCCGUCCUCCUCUGGAGAAACUAUAUACGACAGGAGAUACCGACCUACAGAGGAGGAGUCAAGUAACGAGAUCAGCCCAGCGAGGGAAGCGGGGACGCCUGGCCGGACUGACAACGUCAUCCCCCCGCCGCCCGAGCCAGUGCCACCGCCUCCUGUGUACGGGCCCGGAGCAGGGGCUGUAGCGGUCAGACCCACACCAAAGCCGACAAAGUAUGACAGUGUCGGCUGCCUUGCCUGCAGAAAAAUCAAGGGACGGUUCAAGAAUUUCUGCAGAAGUGAUUUCGUGGUCCGUCUUUUGGUGAUGUCAUCCAGAUCGUACGCCGACUCCAUCCGGUAUGACGUCAAGAUCCUCUACUCCUUCAAGAACACGUUCCCGCUGAUCUCGCGAGAGUUCGUGUGGGUGGACGGGGUGUGCCCGUGUCCCAAGCUGGUGCCGCGGCGGGAGUAUGUCGUCAUGGGUUCCCGCAGCGUCAUGCAGCAGCGCGGCGAGGCCAGGCUGGUGAUUGGUCCGCACAGCUGGGUGCGGCCGUGGCGGGAAUCUCUGUUCGGCAUCAUGGAACAGUUCAGGAGGAAACCGUGCCAAGCUCGGACUUGAAAUAAAAAAAAAGAACGACAACAAGAGCAACAACAACAGCAACAACAAUAACUGCAUUUGUCGGGUUCCGGAAACCUUUGUUGUAAAUAUUAUUUGUUGGAGACUCCGACCUCACAUAGGUAAUAAUUUGUAUUUUGACGAUAUAAAUCAAACAAUUGAAUACUGGCAACCUUUGAUGAAAUGUAAAAAAACAUAGCCGAAGAGUUAAGCGUACAAGAAUUUGUCGAUCAACUGUUUAACCUGAGAUUUCCACUAUUUUAGAGACUCAGACAUGAAAUAUAGAUUCCACCGAAGAUGUAUAAAUCAGCCCAACAUUUUAUAGCCAUUUAUAUCUACCCAAACCCACCAACAUCUACCUUAAACCAAGGCAGCUUCAAACGACAGAUAGAUUUCAUCAACACUUACCAUACUAAAUAGCUGUACAGAAUGUUUACUAACGCUCAAAUGUUUAACAACUGGUACGUUCCAGGUUGAGGUGUUGUAUAGUAAUCUCUGCACCGAGACGUCAACAGAAGAUGUUGAAAUAAUAUGUAAGUAAUGUAUAUAGCGGGUACGUACUGCCAUAACCUUGCCACGUCAAACACUAGUCUUUAUGAGAA